ACUCGAUACACUAGUAUUGAUAGUUAAGACGAGACGACUACUAGAAAUCCUUGAAUAAGUUCGCUAUAUAAAGAAUCAGUCUAAUCACAGCUACUUCCACUGUUAAACGCACCGUCAACCGGUGAACACACUUUUUUGCACGAAAAAGAGGCAGUUCCAUUCAUAAGAAUUUUCCUCAGGGGGGAAAAUUUUCAGUGAUAGUUAUUGUUGUAUUUUCGACCAAAAUAACAAAUAGUGUCGUGUUGCCUUAAAUAUCGCAGGAAUUAAAAUAAAAUAAAAUACAGAAAAUGAUCAAAUUUAUCAUCUCAACCACGGUCGUGUUACUUUUCGUAAAAUCAUCAAUAGCCGCUAAAUUUCCUGAUGAUAUUGAAAAAUGCAAAGCAGCCGAUCUGAAAUGUUUACCCGAAAUCAUUACAAAGGUGAUAAGAAUGGUUCCAAAUGGUCAUCGUGGACUUCACCUACUACCGAUCGAUCCGCUCCAUGUGAAUGAAAUCAAAAUCACCCAAGAACAUGAAAGUCCAGUUAAUAUAAACUUGGUCCUGAGUAAUACUGACAUAAUUGGGCUGAGGAAUGUUGAAGUUACUAAAGUCAAGGGCUUCGAAAAGGAUCCAACAAACGUGCUGUUUGAAGCUGAGGCAGCAUUGAAGCAAGUUGCACUACUAGGACGAUACAAGAUUGAUGGGCGUGUGCUGAUUUUGCCAAUUCAAGGAAAUGGCAAGAGCAAUCUAACACUGGACAACCUCACGUUUAAGAUCAAGUUCAAGACAACACAAACGUACAAAAACUCCAAAGUAUACAUACAGACAAAAGAUUUUCUUUUUGGCUUUGAUACCACACGCCUUCACAUCAAUUUUGAGAAUCUUUUCAAUGGUGACAAAGCACUAAGUGACAACAUGAAUUUGUUCCUCAAUGAGAAUUGGAAGGAUAUUCUGGAGGAAUUGAAACCAGCCAUUAAUGAAGCAUUCUCACAGAUAUUCAACACAAUCAUCAACACGAUAUUUGCAAAGAUUGCCUACAGUGAUAUUUACUUGGAUUAAACGUUAUAUUUUUCAUUUUUUUGCCAUAUCAAUAAUUCUAAUCUAAGCAUCGUCUGUCGUUUUUACUUUUCCAUAUACAAAAUGUUAAUGCAAAAUUUUCUCAGGCAAAUGAUUCUAUAUGAAAUACGUCAUAAAUUGCAAAAGCAUGCAAAAAUUAUUCGUAAAAUUGCAACUGAAUUGAACAAGAUUAUAUUCCACGUGUUACUACAAAACUUGUAUCAUAUUUAAGUGACACAUUGUACAUAUUCUAGGUUUUAAGAAUUUACUUCUAUAUACAUUAAAAAAAUACAUGCAUUCAAGUAUGUUGCAAUUUAUUUUUUUUAUCAAAAGUAUUUGAGAUUGUAAUUUAUUCAUCACAUGAAGAAUUUAUAUAAAAAUGAAAUAGGAUCUGUUGCAUUUUCUUUUGUAUUACGCAUAUAAUAAUAGCACUAUCAAUAAAAUUUAUAACUAAAAAGAAAGAAA